CAAAUCAACGUGCCACCAGCUCCGCCUGAGAAGCGAGAGUUCACCAAGUCAUCUCUAUCCAUUGAGCGUAUCGAUGAUAUCGUCAUUCCUGAACGUGUUCCCAAAACAACCGCCGAGGUCUCCCAAACGAUCACCGACGAAUAUCGCGUUUUCCACAUUGAUGAGCACUAUGAACCACAGCAAAUCACGACAACAGAACGUACCGUCCAUGGUGGUGUUACUUAUGAAGAAGGAGGUAAGAAGGAAGAAGAGAAGAGAGUGACCAUUGUUGAAGACAAAGAGACGGAAGAAGAGCACCGAAAGAGACUCCUCAUCGAACAGCUGGAACAAGAAGAAAAGGAGCUAAUCGAGAAAAUUCCGAAAGUUCUGAAGGAGGUCACGCAAGAGACAUCCACGGAAGGAUGGGUUCAGGUAAGUGCAGGAAAUAAUCCCCUCUCAUAA